UCUGAACAAGUUGGUUCCACACUUUAGUGAUUUAAAGUGAAUAAAAUUAUUUGAAUUAAAUAUUAUUUAAAAAUAAUUGUAAUAAUGAAAUGCUGCAGUCGUUCCACACUGGGUGUCAUUAUUGGCGUUCUCAAUGUUUUGGCCUAUGUGAUUUGUACAAUUGGUGCAAUCGUUUUCUUGGUUCAAUUAAGUGGGACGGAAAAAAGGAAUCAGGAAGAGAUUGAUGCUGCGGCUAUGUAUAAUACAAUAUUUAUCGUAAUAAUUGUUCUUUCUCUAAUUAUGAUCAUUAUAUCUGCUCUCCUGAUAACGGGUAUUGUAAAGAGACGUCACCGAAUGAUGUUACCCUGGUUGAUACUUAGUGGUAUUGGUUUCGUUGUAAACUGCAUACGUUUCGUUUAUUAUUUCAUUGCGAGUAUAAUUGUUGGUGCUCACUUUACAGCAAUUGUAAUUAUACUUAUUGCGGGCGUUUUGGGAAUUGGUAUAUCGGCUUUAAUAUUAUGGCCAAUCUAUACUCUGUAUAGAGAUAUGCGCAGGGAGAAUAUUGAAAAGCCUGGUCAUGUAACGGACUCUAAUCCUGUUCAAUAUCAAAUAUCAUCCGGCUAUUAUCAAAAUUAAUUAUUUUAAGUUUUUGAUUUUUUUACGAAUUUUAUACAAAAAUACAGUUUUUUUAAAUAGAUA